AUGGCCAUGAAAAAUGAUAUUGAUAUAGUUUCUCCAAAUACCAGGCAUAGAUAUUGUUUGUGGCACAUAAUGAGAAAACUACCAAAGAAGUUGGGCUCACAUGUUGAAUUUAAGUGUGGUUUGAAAAGUGCAUUGCAGAGAUGUGUUUAUGAUUCUCAAACUUCUAACGAGUUUGAGAAGUCUUGGGAGGUGUUUAUUGACGCUUACAAUAUGAAAGAAAAUGCAUGGCUUCAAAGGACUAUGUUGAAAGAAUUUGUCGAUCAAUUCGACAAUGCACUGAGGAAGAAAGUAGAGAAUGAGAUGGCAACGGAUUUCUACUCAUUCAAUUGCACAGUCCCUUGUAUAUCUCAUUUACCCGUGGAGAAAAAAUUUCAAGUAGUGUAUACGAAUUCUAAAUUUAAGGAAAUGCAGUCAGAAGUAAUGGGGAUUAUCUACUCUCAUUGUGUUGUCAUAAAAAUAGAAGGGACAAUUACCACGUAUCAAGUUAAUGACCAAAGGGUAGUUGAAGAUGGCAUCAAGAAGUCAACUUUGCAAGCGUACUUCAAUGAAGAUGAGUGUGAGGCAAAGUGCAUGUGUGGACUAUUUGAGAUGAGAGAGAUUAUAUAUAGGCACAUUCUUUUAAUUUUCGUCGCAAGGGAUGUCAAAGUGUUGCCAGAAAAGUACAUUAUACAGAGGUGGAGGAAGGACAUUAAACGUAGAUAUGCUCUCAUUCGAAUCAAUUACGAUGACUUGAGUGGUAAACCAACUGCUAGUCGGUACUUUGGUUUGAUAAAAUUAUGUUUCGAAGUAGCUACAAAUGCAUGUGAAAGCAAAGAUAAUUCCCUGGACAUGACAUAG